AUGCUAAAUUUAAAUUCUGCUUCUGGUUUGAAUAAUGGGACUAAAUUGAUUAUAACUUCUUUGCUACCAAAUAUAAUUGAGGCGGAAUUUGUUUCUGGUAGUUUUCUCAGUACUAAAGUUCUCAUUCCUAGAAUAAGUUUAAUUCCUACAGAUUCUGGCUUGUCAUUUUCCUUUAAGCGCCGCCAAUUUCCCGUGAGACCUGCUUUUGUCAUGACAAUUAAUAAAGCUCAUGGACAAACGUUGAACAAAGUUGGCAUCUAUUUACCUCAUCCUGUUUUUUCACAUGGACAGCUAUAUGUGGCUAUGUCUCGAGUUUGUUCUCCUCAUAAAUUAAAGAUUCUAACCAAUGAUAAAACAAAGACUACAACCAAUGUGGUAUAA